GUAUGAAGUGAGCCAUAAAGAUAUAUGUAGCGUCUUGUAAUAAAUUUACAUUAAAAUUAUUAUAUUGCUGUUUUUUUUUCAAACAUAUUACAGCUUCAUGCUUACUUUCCUGCUUAACGUCAUUUUCUGCGCAUCGUACUUGUCCCCGAUCAGCAGCCAUGACUUCACAAAGCGGGAAAUGUCUCAUUAUAGAGACAGAAUAAAGUCCAUGUUUUACCAUGCCUACAACAACUACUUGGAGAAUGCUUAUCCAUAUGAUGAGCUCCGACCAUUGACAUGUGACGGACAAGAUACAUGGGGCAGUUUUUCACUUACUCUUAUUGAUGCCCUGGAUACUUUACUGAUACUGGGGAACCACACAGAAUUUCAACGUGUGGCUGCACUUCUUCAGGACAAUGUGAAUUUUGACAUUGAUGUGAAUGCUUCAGUUUUUGAGACUAACAUACGAGUGGUCGGUGGUCUUCUCUCAGCUCAUCUGUUAUCCAAACAUGCUGGGAUUGCCGUAGAGGAGGGGUGGCCAUGCUCUGGUCCUCUGCUACGAUUGGCUGAAGAUGCAGCACGCAAGCUUCUCCCAGCCUUCCACACACCCACUGGUAUGCCCUAUGGAACAGUCAACUUGCUGAGGGGUGUCAACCCCACUGAAACUCCCAUUACCUGCACAGCUGGUGUGGGCACAUUUAUUCUGGAGUUUUCAACCCUGAGCCAUCUUACUGGAGAUCCUGUGUUUGAAGAUGUGGCCCGAAAAGCUCUUGCUGCCCUCUGGAAAACCCGUUCAGAUAUUGGCCUGGUCGGGAACCACAUAGAUGUCAUUACAUCAAAAUGGGUUGCUCAAGAUGCGGGUAUUGGAGCAGGGAUUGAUUCAUACUUUGAGUAUUUGUUAAAGGGUGCAAUCCUGCUACAAGACGAGGAACUUCUGAACAUGUUUCAUGAGUUUAAGGAGUCAAUAAAGAACUAUACUAAGUUUGAUGAUUGGUACUUAUGGGUGCAAAUGCAUAAAGGUACUGUUUCUAUGCCUAUAUUUCAAUCUCUGGAGGCAUUCUGGCCGGGUCUACAGAGUCUUGUAGGGGAUAUUGAGAGUGCGACAAGGACCUUCCAUAACUACGGUACAGUGUGGCGCCAGUUUGGUGGGCUUCCAGAGUUCUACAGUAUUCCUCAGGGCUAUACUGUGGACAAAAGAGAAGGAUAUCCUCUACGACCAGAGUUGAUAGAGAGUGCCAUGUACCUCUACAAGGCCACAGGUAACCCAGCAUUUCUGCAGCUAGGCCGGGAUGCAGUAGAGUCGAUAGAAAAGAUAAGCCAUGUUAAAUGUGGAUUUGCAAGUGUGAAGGACGUAAGAGACCACAAACUGGACAACCGGAUGGAGUCAUUUUUCUUGGCUGAAACUAUAAAGUAUCUUUACCUGCUGUUCGAUCCUGACAACUUUAUUCACAAUACAGGCACAACAUUUGAGCUGGGCGGGGCACAUGGUGACUGCAUUUUGGGGGCAGGGGGUUAUAUCUUUAAUACAGAGGCACAUCCACUUGAUCCUGCUGCUCUUCAUUGCUGCAGCAAAGACCAAGAUGAGCAUUUGGAGUUACAAGACAUCCUCCUGAGCUUAACAGAGCCUCAUAAGCCUUCAAUGGACUGGUCAGAAGAGGCUCUGGUAGACAGAAAUUCAGAAAGAAUAACUUUAAGUGCUAAAGAUAAAAGAAAGGCAUUUCACCUCUCCUGCCCAAUGGAAAGUUUCAGUGCUCGAUUUGCAGUUAUGGGUCAAGUCUUUUCUGACAGCACAUAAGCAGAAUUUUUUUUGUAUCAUGCAGUGAGGCCCAAAAGUCUAGAUCCAUAGGCAUUUUUUCUUAUAUGAAGUUGGAUAUUUUUCUUUUUAUUUCAGACACAAGAUGGCUUUAAAACUAAAAGUAGAAGAUUUAUAAUAAUUAAUUAUUUGAAAUAAAACAUGCUUAUGGGUCCAGACUUUUGGUUCUUCCUGUAUAUUCACAAAAAAUAUGACAUUAUCCAUUCUUAUUUGUUUCUAAGACUAAAUAAAAUUGAGGAAUGAAAAUGUGCAAAAAAUGUCAUAAAAAUAAACAAGGCCAGCAAGUCAUGACAUGAUUUUCUAAAGUCAUUUUCUGUAAUCCUAUGUUGCCUUGCCCAUUUAAAGGAUUUUCCUUUGUAGCUCUUUUAUUUUAUCUUGUGAUAUGUAAGCUUAAAUUGUGAUAUAAGAUGUGUAUGGGUAAUUGAUGAAUCCAUAGCUAGAACCAAACGAUAUAAUGUACUGUUGCUGAAUUAUAUCUAUGUUGAUGAUUUUAGUCCAACUCGGUUGAUGUGCAUGAAUGAGAUUUGAAUUAUGGUUACACAGACCUAAUGGGCAAAUGCUGCAAAUGGCAUUGUAAAUUUGCAUAAAACCUGUAGGAAACCAAGAAAAACAGAAAUCUGUCAAGAUCAAGUUUAUUCCAGAAAGAUAAUAUAGAUGCCUGGCCAGUAAAAUAAAUAAAUGAUUGGGCAACAAACGAGGAUAUACAAAGUAGAACAAAGAAAACACAAUUUUUUUCUUAAUAACAGCAUAAUAGCUGCGAAAUGUAUGAAUCUGAGCAAGAUCUGUGGUGCUGUAAGAGCAAUGUUGGAUUUAUUAUCUAUGACAUUCUAACCCUAACCCUAGCUGCAUCUUCGCUAUUAUUAAAAAAAAGUAAAGUAGCAGUCACCUGCUGAUAUGGCAUAAGAAAUGUUCGUUAAUGGACCAGUUGCAUACCGCACACAAUGUGUUACAAGUUUAGGUAUUAAAUUUUUAUUUAAA